AUGGUUCCUUACGAAUCCCUUUUUGGUCGAAAGCGUCGGUUUCCGAUUCAUUGGGACGAAAUUGGAGAAAAGAAGAUUUUGAACCCGACUACCGUGCCUUGGAUUGAGAAAGCCUUUGAGAAGGUGAAGUUGAUACAUCAAAGGAUCCGAAUGGCUCAAAGCCGCCAAAAGAGCUACGCGGAUAAUCGAAGGAAAGAUUUGAAACUUGAGAUUGGAGAUAAGAUGUUCCUUAAGAUUACACCUUUGAAAGCAAGCCUAAUGGCGGAAAAAAGAAAGAACUUGCAACAGAGAUUUGUAGGCCUCUAUAAGGUUAUUCAGCACGUAGGGAACGUGGCUUAUAAGCUGGAAUUACCCUUGAACUUAUCCAGAAUUCAUAAUGUCUUUCAUGUCUCCAUACUUAGGAAAUAUCAUUCCGACCCGUCCCAUAUGUUACAACCGAAAGAAGUGAAAAUUGAUGAGAAUUUGUCAUAUGAGGAAAAGUCGGUAAAACUCUUAGAUCGAAAAGUGAAGGAGUUAAAACACAAGCAAAUCCCUCUUGUGAAGGUCUUAUGGAGAAAUCAUGGAAUCGAGGAAGCAACUUGGGAAGUUGAAGAGGAGAUCCGAAAGAAGUAUCAAGAGUUAUUUAUAAAUCAAAUCAGAGAGGCAAUAUACAGGAGAGCUGCAAUAGGGGAUCCAGUGUGCAAAGGCUGUGGAGAGGAACAAGAAACAAUAGAGCACACCCUAUUGCAAUGUCCCCUAGCACAAGAGAUUUGGAAAGUAGCUCCAUUAAUAUGGGAUGGAGCUAAAGAUCAGAUAGGAAACUUCCAAAGAUGGUGA